UUUAUAAGUUUUGCAUAUAAAGUAGUUGGUUAAGAGUCCCAUAAAACCAGAAGGUCACAGAAAGAGAGAGAGAGAGAGAGCGGUGGGGUUAGGUUCUUUUAGGGUUUUUGUGGGAAGGUUUGGAUUUCUUUCUUGGAAAACCCAAAGAGAAAACAAAAACAAAGUAUGAGUGAAAGGGUUACCGGUACGGUCAAGUGGUUCAAUGACCAGAAAGGGUUCGGAUUCAUAACCCCUUCCGACGGCGGCGAGGACCUCUUCGUCCACCAGUCCUCCAUCCGAUCCGAGGGUUUCCGGAGCCUCGGCGAUGGAGAGUCCGUCGAGUUCCAGAUCGAAUCUGAUGCCGAUGGCCGUAGCAAGGCCGUCGACGUCACCGGCCCUAACGAGGCUCCGGUUCAGGGUAGCCGUGGUGGUUCGGGCGGCGCUGCUGGUGGUAGAGGAUCGCGUGGUGGUGGUGGUGGUGGUUAUGGCGGCGGCGGGGCUUAUGGAGGAGGUGGUGGUUAUGGCGGUGGCAGGGGAACCAGAGGUGGUGGUGGUGGGUAUGGUGGUGGUGGUGGUGGGUAUGGUGGAGGUGGUGGUGGGUAUGGUGGUGGAGGUGUUGGUGGGGCUUGUUUCAAGUGCGGUGAGUCUGGACACAUUGCGAAAGACUGCUACCAGGGAGGAGGUGGCGGCGGAGGUGGUGGUAGGUAUGGCGGUGGUGGUAGCGGCGGCGGCGCCGGCGCCGGCGGAGGUGGAAACUGCUACAACUGCGGCGGAAGUGGGCAUUUUGCGAGGGAGUGCCCAAACGGUGCUCGUUGAGAUGGACAACAUUUGGAGUGGAUGUUAGGUAGUAAAAAAAUCUGUAUUUUGACAUAUUUAUUUGGCAGUUAAUUUUCAUGCAUGGUGGUUGGUGGCUCCUUUUUUUUUUCUUUUACUUUGAUGAUGUUUUGGAAGAAGAAAAGACUUUUGGUUUUGUUUGGGCUCACCUUUUUUUUAUUUUUUUGGAUUGUGUUUGGAUGUGAAAGGAUUUAUAAUCUUAUCGACGGAUAUGCUAUUUCUUUC